AUUGGACUUCCGAUCCCAUAAUCCUACUGCUUUCCGGUUAAAGAAAAACAGAAGCACAUGUCGGUAGUCGUGUGACAACCCAUGCACAUUGAAAUUUAACAAAAAUGCCGAAAUCAAAGAGAGAUAAAAGGGUCUCUUUAACCCAGACAAAGAAAAAGGGAUUGGAAUUUAAACAAAAAGUAAUCGAAGAUGUACAGACUUGCUGUGAUAAGUACAAACAUAUAUUUCUCUUCUCUGUACACAACAUGAGGAACUCGCAUCUUAAGGAGGUUCGUCAGCGUUGGACAGGAAGUCGAUUUUACUUUGGGAAAAACAAGGUGAUGUCCCUGGCCUUAGGAAGAACGCAGGAAGACGAAUACAAGGACAACCUCCACAAGCUUAGCAACCAGCUACGGGGACAAACCGGUCUGCUAUUCACCAACAAAUCGAAAAAGGAGGUCGUUAGUUUCUUUGAUGGCUACAGAGUAGCAGACUUUGCCCGGUCCGGGAACACCUGUCAGCAGACAGUGUUGUUAGACCAGGGCCCCAUUCCAGAGUUUUCUCAUUCAAUGGAGCCACAACUCAGGCAGCUAGGGCUCCCCACCUGUCUACAGAAAGGUGUUGUGACCUUACUGAAGGACCACACUGUGUGUGAAAAGGGAAAUGUUUUGACCCCUGAACAGGCUAGGAUUUUGAAACUCUUUGGACACAAGAUGGCAGAAUUUUAUGUAACGAUAGAAGGCAUGUGGUCAUCCAAUGGGAAGUGGGCGGUAAUAGAUGACCGACCAGAACCCAUUAUACCUCCCAAAGUCACAGUCAAAGCUAAACCACAAGAAGAGGAUGAGAUGGAAGAGGAAGAGGAGGAGGAGGAAGAUGAUGAAACGUGAUGUCAGAACGGACCUGGGGCGUGUGCAUAUGUUACUGUUAAUAAAAAAUCUUUCUUUUAACCUUUUUUGUGCCGAUAGUAAAGGUUUAUCAUUUGAAACCUGUGAAAAGGAAGGAGAGGGGGAAAGAAAGACUAGAACUGACCAAGACUCCCUCGUGCCUGGAGUAGGCAUUUUGCAUCAUGAUUGGAGAUGCUAGAUUAAUGAAGCUGAAAUAUUUCAUUCUUCAGGUGGGGAUAUGUGUUUCAAAUAAAAAGAUUAUAAAAUUCA